AUGACGUCACGCGUUUCGUUUCUGGCCUGCCUUGCCUGCCGUCAGGAGCGUUUAAAGUGCGAUGCACUUACCCCGGCCUGCGGCCACUGUGCGCAAACAGGGACCGAAUGCUCAUACACCAAGUCGCAAAGGCGCUCUAAGAGCUCAACGAGGAAGCGCCGUGCCCGAUCCAACGUCCCUCUGGAGCAGCCCGACGAACUCACUGUGAACAUUGUCGACCUCCCUAGAGAGCAACAUCUACCAUGCGGUUCCCAAUCUACAGAAUCCAGGGCAUCUAGCGUCAAUCUGAUAGGCCCAGAGGGGAAAAUGGCACACGCGACGCGACCAGCCUUCGGUUCUCAGACUCCAGGUUCUUCGUUAGCCAGAAACGAGAGUUACCUCUUUUCUAUCUACUAUGCCUAUUUCCACCCAGCUCAUCCUAUUCUCCUACCAUGGCAAUUGUUUAAACAGGCUCAGUUGCCUUCAUAUUUAAAGCAAGUCGUGGAAUUUGUCGCUACUCACUUCACCACUGGCGCGUCUGGUGACACUUACCGCAACACAAUUGUUGAAACAGUACUCAAGCAAGCACCAGCAGUCGAAAAGGUUCAAGCGCUUUUGUUAUUGUCUAUCGCACUGCAUUCGCGCACUGAGCACGUGGAGUCUGAGAUUUGCUUGGCCGCAGCUGUUGACCUGGCCCUUGAGCUCGGCCUGCACCGAGCUACUUAUGCUGAGACCGCGAGCCCCAAUGAUUCAAUCCGAGCAGAAUGCUUACGGCGCACAUGGUGGGAAGUUUUCGUUAUCGAGGGCCUCCUGGUCUUUUUCGGGAAGCAGCGAAUCUGUCGCACCGCCCUCGUACCUCUUGAAGUGCCGCUUCCAUGCGAAGAGUCUACUUAUCAGGAGGGUCUGACUUUACCAAUUCCGCAGACGAUCACUCAAUUUGAUGCGCGUAUAUUUUCCGAUGAGGAACGUGAAUUUUCAUCGUAUGCCUAUCGGAUUGACGCUGUGCGCAUCCUUAAUUGGACAUUGACGAAUCGUGAGAUGGUCGGGUGCCAACAAAAACUUACAGAGGCUGUUGACGCUCGUAUCGCCAGUUGGUUCCACCAUUUACCCAGCGCUAAGGCAGAGCUUCUACGGCCGGAUGGGUCAGUGGAUGAGAUUAUGUUCCAGGCUGUCAUGAUCGUGAACAGUGCCUCUAUUCACAUAAAUUUCUCUCAUUCUGACCUCCUGUCGUCUCCGGCGGCCAUCUCGGACGUCAUCUGCAGUCACCAGGGAUCCACUGGGGACACCCCUUUCUCCUCUCACACUCAUGCUAUGAAAGCAAUCAAAGCAGCCACUGAGCUAUCUUCAUUAGCUGCAAUCAGUUUGCCAGUCGAAAAACAUACCCCAUUCCUUGUUUGUGCGCUUGCACUUAGCUGUGUUGUUCAGCUCGCAGCUUGCUCUGACAAGGCAGGUCAGACGUUGGAUGCAACUCGUGACCACAUCGCACUGAGUCUUGGGGUGUUGAAAUCAAUGGGCCAAAACUGGGCCCUCUCACAGAUGAUUAUGCACCAAGUCAAAGCAGUUGCGCGUGAUGUACUAGAUCUGGGGAUUGGCACCCCUAAGGACUUAUUCGAUUUCACCACGUUUCUUGACAUGAAUGGUCAGUUUUUCAUGGAUGGGGUCAUCAAUUGA